AUCCUCCUACUGAACUUUCUUGUAAGACCACCACAGAUAAGACCAUCACUCUGGCCUGGACAGCCCCCUCCCUGCCGAGGGGAGACAUCCAACAUUAUGUAGUCAAACGCACUGACACUGGUGCUACGUUUACCACGACAUCAAGUCUGACAGAGUAUACUGUUGAUGGUCUACAGCCAGAAAUUUAUUACACAUUCAGUGUAGCUACAGUCAAUGAUGCAGUGACAGGAACCAGCCAAAGUAUAUACAGUUCACAGAAAGGAUGUACAACCAAAGCUGCCAUGUCACUCCCACCUGAAACCAUAGUUGUAUCACAGGUACAGAGUCAACAGUUUACCCUAAAUUGGACCAAACCUACGAUUACCAACGGUAACCUGAAGGGGUACAGACUCACAGUGCUAGAGGGGAGUACAUGUGUCCGUGAGGUCAUCUUUACCUGUCCACCAUGCACUGGGUUUACAUCCGAUACCUUCAUUUCAUGUCAAGAGACAGACAAACAAUCAUCAGUAAUUAUGCUUGCUUACCUAGAAAGCUACACAUACACCGCGGAGAACCUCAACCCAUACAUCAACUACUCUGUUAGUGUGUUGGCUGUUAAUGCAGCAGGGGACGGUCACCCCAACACAACCUAUGUCCUAACAGACCAGGAGGUACCACAGAGUCCUACCUCUCUGACAGCUUCUGUCCUGAGUACUACAGAGAUUACUGUGACCUGGACCAUAAAUGGUCCGGAGCCUGGACCUACCACCUACAAACUGUAUGUUAUACCAGAAUCACCAGAGUCUAGUCGAACAGUCAUCAUAAGUG